CAGGACCACCGGGCAACAGAGGUCGGAGAGGUCGGCAUGGACGUCCAGGGCCACGCGGACCGAUGGGACCCAUGGGACCCCAGGGACCCAAAGGACAGAACGGAUUCCCAGGACGAAAGGGAUCUCCAGGGUAUCCAGGCUUCCCGGGUCCGAUUGGGCUGGACGGUCCAAAAGGAGAACCGGGCGAACCCGGCAAGAGUGGCGCCGUGGGACCUCCUGGCAGCCCAGGCUAUGACGUCUUCUCCACAGCGAAGGGGAUCAAGCGAUCUGUGACCAGCUUACGCGGGGGCACACUGGGCUACGCUGAGAUUGUGGCCAUCAAGGGCCUCUCCCAGCUUGGCUUUAACCUUGACCCCGACAAUAUUCUCAUGCUCAAAGGCGAGAAGGGUGAGCCGGGCCCGAUGGGCUCGGCGGGACCCACGGGUCCCACGGGCCUGCCCGGCAUCAGCGGCAUCCAGGGUGGGCCGGGCAAGCCCGGCCUGCCGAGCGAGCCGGGC